AUGGUCUACCGUGCUGUGCUCGACUCCGCUGCCCAACUUACCCUUAUAUCAGAGAAAGCUAUUCAACUCAUCAACGCCCCACGUACUCGACUCCAUGAUGAAAUAAAAGGAAUCUCUGGUGCAGUUAUUAAUUCUAGAGGUAUCGUACAUGUCAACAUGUCUGCGAUCAAUGGAAAUCCUUUGGCUAAAAACCAUCCUUGUAUGGUUUUGAGUAGUAUCACAUCACCCCUGCCUCAGAUACCAGUUUCACACCAGGUUAAGGAAUCUUUGAAACAUUUUAUCCUAGCCGAUCCCUGUUUCGAUCAGCCUGGAGAGAUAGAUUUACUUAUCGGUGCAGACUUAUUUGCCCUAACCCUCACAGGCGAACAGCAUAGAUUAGGACAAAAUUUACCUCAAGCUCUUGGAACCAUUUUUGGUUUUGUUGUGAUGGGCCUCGCUCCUGUAGCCUCUGUAGCAGGAAACUCAUCAAACACAUUUCCCAUCUCACUCUUGACAACUCAUGAUUUGGAUCUUCAUAAUUCACUUCAAAAAUUCUGGACGCUAGAAGAACCCCCAAUACGGAUCAAGGCUCAGACUGAGGAAGAUACCCUCUGUUUACAACAUUUUGAAAACACCCAUAGACGUGAUGACUCAGGUCGUUACAUAAUCGAGCUGCCCAAGAAACCAAAUCAUUCCCCUCUUGGUGAAUCUUGUACCAAAGCACAAUUGAGACUUAGCUCGAUGGAAAGGAAAUUCUCUAAUCAACCCGAGUUACAAAGGCUCUAUUCUGAAUUUAUGGAUGACUACAUUGAAUCAGGUCAUAUGACUAUUUGUAAAGAACCUCCUACCUCUGAAUACUAUUAUUUGCCUCACCACGGUGUCUUCAAGGAGAAUCCCCCGAAUUCAAAAAUACGUGUUGUUUUUGACGGCAGCGCUAAAACUACUAAUGGCAUAUCAUUGAACGACAUUCUCAUGCCUGGUCCCAAACUUCAAAAUGAUAUCAGUGAUGUUUUAUUGUAUUUUAGAUGUCAUAAAAUUGUAUUCACCUGUGACAUACGUCAAAUGUAUCGUCAGAUCUUGGUUUCUGAUAAGGACAAAAGUUAUCAAAUGAUAUACUGGCGCGCUAGUCCAGAUGAUCCACUCCAAACGUACAAACUCAAUACAGUUACAUAUGGGCUUAAUUGUUCCCCUUUUAUUGCAAUCAAAACCUUGCACCAGCUAGUUUUGGACGAAGGUCAACCAUACCCACAAGCUUCUGAUAUCUUGACCAAGUCUAUCUUCUAUGAUGAUAUUAUAGCUGGAGCUGAAGAUCUCGAUAAAGCUAUGUCAGCUCAAAAUGAACUGAAAACAUUGCUGUCUAAAGGCGGUUUUGAACUCCGUAAGUGGAUCAGUAAUGCACCCCAACUCUUGGAUCAGAUUCCAGUCGAACACAAAGAAUCACCAGUGGAGUUGACUGAUGGUAGUGAGGCCUUCUACAGUGUAUUGGGUUUAAGAUGGACCCCAGAGACAGACAUGCUCUCAUACAAAGUAAAGAAUGUUGAAGUAGGCCACUUGCUAACCAAGAGAAUGAUUCUCUCAACAAUCGCUAAACUCUAUGAUCUCCCAGGAUUUCUCACACCUGUAAUAUUUUGGGCUAAAACACUCAUUCAAUAUCUUUGGACCACAGGUCUAAAAUGGGAUGAUCCAAUUCAAGAUGAGAUAAGAACAAAAUGGAUUUCCUUUUUAGAAGAACUACCCGUGAUCCAAAACCUAAGGAUCCCACGUUACAUCUUUACCUCAACUCAUAAGCUUGCAGAACUUCAUGGUUUCAGCGAUGCUUCGGAGAAAGGAUAUGCUGCAGUAGUCUACCUCCGUGUGAUCAACUUAUCGAAUGAUGUUAAAAUUAAUCUGAUAAUGGCCAAAUCUAAAGUCGCCCCACUAAAAAGAGUAUCUCUGCCUCGUCUCGAACUGUGCGGUGCUCACCUACUUGGAAAGCUCCUGCAAUACUGUUCAAAUCUUCUUUCGUCCCACAUUAAGAUUGACUCGAUGUAUGCUUGGUGUGACUCUACCAUUGUUCUUACAUGGAUACGCACUCACCCCUAUCGCUUAAAAGUCUAUGUGGCCAACCGUGUCUCAGAACUACAAGAAUUAAUCUCUCCUGAAUCAUGGCAUUACGUCAAGUCCCUCGACAACCCAGCAGAUUGUGCAACCCGAGGACUCUCCCCAUCUCAACUCUUAAGCCACCAAUUGUGGUGGAAGGGACCUGAAUGGUUAUACUUGUCAUCAGAUCUUUGGCCAAAGCCCGAAUUCAGUUUAAUCACUGAUCAAGACACUCUUGAAGUCAAACCAAAUCCCUUGAAUGUCCUAGUUAACGUUGAAAAGUUAGAAAAUGACAGAUUUGAUUUACUUGAAAAAUUCUCAUGCUUUAGAAAACUUGUAAAUGUCACUGCUUAUGUUCUACGAUUCAUCCAUUAUCUUCGUGGGAACGCCCGACUAGCUGGACAACUUAGUUAUAAAGAGAUCUCUUCUGCUAAAAUGAAUCUCUUCAAACUCAUUCAAAUUUCAUCUUUCAAGGAUGACAUCACAGCUCUGAAAAAGGGCACUCAGUGCAGCUUAAGACUGGCUCGGUUAUCACCUUACAUUGACGAUAACGGUUUGGUAAGAGUAGGCGUGGACUCAUUCAUUGCUGCUCUUAAAAGAUUUGUUUCUCGUCGUGGACUUUGUGCUCACCUAUACUCUGAUUGUGGAACGAACUAUGUCGGUGCCUCCAAGCAACUGAAUAAGACCUUCCAGAGUUUCAUUGAUGAAAGGAAUACUCAAGAUGCUCUCACUAACUUCGCCCUCGAUCAUUCAAUUAAUUUUCAUUUCCAACCACCAGCCGCGCCUCACCAAGGAGGCCUUUGGGAGAGUGCCAUAAAGAGCUCAAAGUACCAUCUCAAGAGAGUAAUUGGAGAUCAAAUUCUAACACUAAUGGAGCUGAUAACUCUUGUCACGCAGGUGGAAGCAGUAUUGAACUCUCGUCCACUAACAGCUCUAUCAGCAGAUCCAUCUGACAUCACAGCACUCAUCCCAGGUCAUUUCCUCAUCGGGACAUCUCUUGUUGCAGUACCUGAAGUAAAUGUAUCCGAUAUUCCUGACAAUCGACUAAAGCAUUGGCAAACAGUUCAGGCUCUACAUCAACGCUUCUGGAGAAGGUGGCACCAAGAGUAUUUGCACCAGCUUCAAUAA